UUUCCGUGCCGCCUGUUACUGUACCUUAGCGAGUACAUAACACACUGUGGGGACUGCUGACCUCCGUGUAGCAUGUGUCUGCCCCCAAGUUACAACACGUAGCGUGGAGCAGCAGGUCUAAAGACAGGGACAGAGGAAGGGAAGCCACCGUGUGAGACCGGGAGACCAUGGAAAAAGUCACUAAAGAUGCUAAGACUAACCCGGCAGCGACGGCGAGCCUUUUGUCCAAGGUGUUUUUCUGGUGGCUCAACCCGUUGUUCACCACUGGGCACAAGCGCCGGCUGGAGGAAGAUGACAUGUACGAAGUGCUGCCGGAGGACAGGUCGGACAGACUGGGGCAGGACCUGCAGAGAUACUGGGAUAUUGAGUUCCAGAAAGCCACCAAAGAGAUGCGGAAGCCGCGACUCACCAAAGCCAUCAUUCAGUGCUACUGGAAAUCAUAUUCAGUGCUGGGAUUGUUUACACUCAUUGAGGAGAUAAUUAAAGUGGUUCAGCCGGUCCUCCUGGGGAAGAUGAUCGAGUACUUUGAGAGUUACGACCCAGAUAACAUAACGGCCUUACAUCAGACCCUGGGCUAUGGAGCUGGGUUGUCCCUCUGCGCCAUCGUCCUGGUGCUGCUCCAUCACCUGUACUUCUUCCAUGUGCAGAGGUCAGGCAUGAAGAUCAGAGUGGCCAUGUGUCACAUGAUCUACAAGAAGGCUCUGUGUCUGAGCAGUUCAGCCAUGGGAAAGACCACCACAGGCCAGAUUGUCAACCUGCUUUCCAAUGAUGUCAACAGGUUUGAUGAUGUGACCAUCUUCCUGCACUUCCUGUGGGUGGGGCCCCUCCAAGCAGCUGUAGUUGUGGGGCUGCUGUGGCUAGAGAUUGGUCCUUCAUGCUUGGCAGGCAUGGUGGUCCUCAUGAUCCUGAUGCCCGCCCAAACCAUGGUUGGAAGACUCUUCUCAAAGUUCAGGAGUCAGACGGCUGUUCACACCGACAGCAGAAUCCGCAUCAUGAACGAAGUGGUGUCUGGAAUCAGGAUCAUCAAGAUGUAUGCCUGGGAGAAACCCUUUGCUGCUCUGGUCUCUGAUGUCAGGAGGAAGGAGAUCUCCAAGAUCAUGAAGAGCUCCUACCUGCGAGGUCUCAACAUGGCCUCCUUUUUCUGUGCCAGCAAGAUCAUCGUCUUUGUCACCUUCACCCUCUACGUCCUUCUGGGACACAAGAUCUCAGCCAGCAGUGUGUUUGUGACGGUGUCGUUGUACACCUCUGUACGACUCACCGUCACACUCUUCUUCCCCAGUGCCAUCGAGAAGCUGUUUGAGUGCCGCGUCAGCAUCCGAAGGAUUCAGGAGUUCUUGCUGCUGGAUGAGAUCACUAAAAGCAGCUCUGAUCUGCCAAAGGAUGAGAAGGACGCAGCCGUGGAGGUCAAGGAUCUGACGUGCUACUGGGAUAAGAGCUUGGAUGCCCCGUCUCUGCAGAACGUCUCCUUCUCUCUGAAGUCAAAUCAGCUGGUGGCUGUAAUUGGACCAGUGGGAGCUGGAAAGUCGUCCCUGCUGAGCUCCAUCCUGGGAGAGCUUCCACCUGAGAAGGGGGUUCUGAAGGUGACAGGCCAGCUGACCUAUGCAGCCCAGCAGCCCUGGGUUUUUCCUGGAAGCAUCCGCAGCAACAUCCUGUUUGGAAAAGAGCUGAACCCCCAGAAGUAUGAAAGAACCAUCAGGGCCUGCGCUCUGAAGAGGGACCUGCAGCUGCUCCCUGAUGGAGACCAGACGCUGAUCGGGGACAGAGGAGCCACGCUGAGUGGAGGACAGAAAGCUCGAGUCAACCUGGCGAGGGCCGUGUAUCAGGAUGCAGACGUCUACCUGCUGGACGACCCUCUGAGUGCCGUCGACGCCGAGGUUGGAAGACACCUCUUUGAACAGUGCAUCUGUGGCCUCCUGAAGGACAAACCUCGUAUCUUGGUCACCCACCAGCUGCAGUACCUGAAGGCAGCAGACCAGAUUGUUGUCCUCAAGGAGGGUCACAUGGUGGAAAAGGGAACGUACACGGAGCUGCAGCAGUCUGGGGUGGACUUCACCUCCCUGCUGAAGAAGGACGAGGAGGACGAGCAGCAGCAGCCGGCCCAGGACGUCCCAGCCAGGAGCAGAACCCUGUCCCAGAAUUCUGUGCUCUCCCAGACCUCCUCCCUCUUGUUCUCGUUUUCCUCGCAGGCGGAGACGGUGCAGACGUUGGCAGAGGAGAGUCGAGCUCAGGGAACCAUUGGAGUGAAGCUGUACGUCAAAUACCUGAGAGCUGGAGCCAGCAUCCUGACUCUGCUGGUCGUCAUUCUGAUCAACCUGCUGGCUCAGGUAGCGUACAUCAUGCAGGACUGGUGGCUGGCCUACUGGGCUGAUGAGCAGGAAAGGCUCGAUGCUCUGAACUCCACCGUCACAAACGCCACCCUGGACAGAGAUUUCUACCUGGGGAUCUACGCAGGUCUGACCGGAGCCACCAUCAUCUUUGGCUUCAUGAGGAAUCUGGUUCUGUUCAACGUGCUGGUGAGGUGUGCUCAGUCGCUGCACAACGGCAUGUUCAAGACCAUCCUCAGAACGCCCGUACGCUUCUUUGACAUCAACCCCAUCGGAAGGAUCUUAAACAGGUUUUCUAAGGACAUCGGCCAGCUGGACUCCAACAUGCCGUGGACUUUUGUGGACUUCAUUCAGUUGUUCCUGCAGGUUCUUGGGGUCAUUGCUGUUGCAGCGUCGGUGAUCCCGUGGAUCCUCAUCGCCGUGGUUCCUCUUCUCAUCGUCUUCGUCUUCUUGCGUCGUUACUUCCUGCAGACCUCCAGAAACAUCAAACGCCUCGAGUCCACCACUCGGAGUCCCGUCUUCUCCCACCUGUCCUCGUCUCUUCAGGGCCUGUGGACGAUCCGAGCCUUCGGGGCUGAGGAGAGAUUCCAGAAAGCGUUUGACGCCCACCAGGAUCUGCACUCAGAAGCGUGGUUUCUCUUCCUGACGACUUCUCGCUGGUUCGCCGUCCGCCUCGAUUUCAUCUGCGCCGUUUUCGUCACCGUGACCACUUUUGGCUGUGUGCUGCUCCGAGAACAGCUGGACGCCGGCUCCGUUGGUUUGGCUCUGAGCUACGCCGUCACUCUGACCGGCAUGUUUCAGUGGGGCGUCCGGCAGAGCGCAGAGGUGGAGAACAUGAUGACCUCAGUGGAGCGGGUGGUAGAGUACUCUGAACUGGAGAGUGAAGCACCCUGGGAAACCCACAGGCGUCCUCCCCCGAACUGGCCCAGUAAAGGCCUGGUGACGUUUGACCAGGUCAGCUUCUCCUACAGUCCUGACGGACCGACGGUGCUGCACAACAUGAGCGCCGUGUUCCGGCCCAAAGAGAAGGUCGGUAUUGUGGGAAGAACGGGUGCUGGGAAAAGCUCUCUGGUCUCGGCUCUGUUCCGCCUGGCAGAACCUCAGGGGAAGAUCUCCAUCGACGGCAUCGUGACCUCAGAGAUCGGCCUCCACGACCUGCGUCAGAAGAUGUCUAUUAUCCCUCAGGAUCCGGUUCUGUUUACAGGCUCCAUGAGGAAGAACCUGGACCCCUUCAACCAGCACACGGAUGAAGAACUGUGGAACGCUCUGCAGGAGGUGCAGCUGAAGUCUGUUGUGGAGGAGCUGCCCGGGAAGCUGGAGACGGUUCUGGCCGAGUCGGGCUCCAACUUCAGCGUGGGCCAGAGGCAGCUGGUGUGUUUGGCCAGAGCCAUCCUGAGGAAGAACCGCGUCCUCAUCAUCGACGAGGCCACGGCCAACGUGGACCCCAGGACCGACGAGCUGAUCCAGAAAACGAUCCGGGACAAGUUCAGAGAAUGCACCGUUCUCACCAUCGCUCACCGCCUCAACACCAUCAUAGACAGCGACCGCAUUCUGGUUCUGGAUGCCGGGGAGAUCCACGCCUACGACGAGCCUUACAGCCUGCUUCAACAUCCAGACGGCAUCUUUUAUAAGAUGGUCCAGCAGACGGGCAAACAGGAAGCUGCAGCUCUGCAGCUGGCAGCUAAGCAGGUUUACACCAGCCGAAGCCGUGCUAACGUUCCAAACGGACACGCAGAAACGGCAGACGGGAACAUGGUGAUCUUUGAGACGGCUCUGUGAGCUGAACAAGAGUCUGCUGUAAGAAGCCUCAGGGUGGCUGGCGGGCUCGUCCACCAGACAGACGGUGAGGAGACAGAACUCAGGACCUACAGAGUAGAGCUGUACUGAACGAUUAUUUUUUUAAUCGAUUAAUCUAGCGACUAAUUUUUCGAUUAACCUAUCGACUAAUUUCACGAUUAAGCUAACGAUUAUUUUUCAAUUUCCCGAUUAAUAAUAGCUUAUUUCCACCCAAAUGUUCCCCAAAUAAAUAUCAAAAAAAUUUCAAAUAUUUUCUUAAAUUUUGUAAUCUUAAAAUAUAAAUCAAGGCUUAUGCACAGCAAUUCCAUGUAGAAUCAAAUACAUAUAAAAAUAAAUUCUCAUUUACACUAAAUUUAAAAAUAAAAAAAAUAUUGGCUAUGGGAAAAUGAAACACAAAAGCACUGUGCAAAAUGAAUCAAAUAUCAAAAACCUCAAGGCGGGGGUGGCGGCAGUUACACUCACAGACGCAGCAGCAGUAGAACACAAACAGAGCAGGAGGGAGAGAGAGAAAGAGAGCCAGGGGCAACAAAACCAGACAUCGAUAGAAAGGUAAAGAAAAUGAGUGACACCAGGAAAACCAGUAAAAUCUGGAACCAUUUCAAUUUGAUUGAUAAUACAAAGGCAGAGUGUAGAGUCUGCAAGAAAAGAGCCGGCUCCACAAAGAACCUCCACAGGCACCUGAGAACUGUCCACCCAUCAGUGCAAUGGUUGAAUGUGGUAUUAAUGAAGGUGCCAGUGUGUCUACUGCUACUGCUUCUGCUGCAGUAUCUACAGCAUCAUGUAGUAUGCCACCACAACCACCUGAACCUCCGAUCCAGAGCUCUGUGACACAGUUUUUGCAGAAGUCUAUGACCAAGACAGAACUCAAUUGAUGAAGAACUGGCAAAAAUGACUGUCCUUGAUUUUCAACCAUUUUCAGUUGUGGAUGAUAAAGGAUUCUGGAAAUUUGUUCAUGCACUAAAUCCAAUGUAUGCAAUUCCAAGCAGGAAAACGCUUUCCCAAAAAUCAUCCCAGGCCUGUAUGACACAGAACAUACAUUACUGCAAGAGAGGGUUAAAAAAGCCACAGCAGUGUGUCUAAUAACUGACAGCUGGACAUCCCAAACCAAUACAUCCUUCUUGUCAGUUACGUGUCACUUUAUUGAAAAUUUUAAAAUGGUGUUCAGUCUUCUGGAUUGUUUUGAGUUCAGCGACAGACACACUGCUGAGAACUGAGCAGAAGAGCUGCUCAAAGUGGCAAAAGAGUGGGAUGUGGAAAACAAAAUGGCUUGCAGUGUUUUGUGUUGUUUCACUUUAAAUUUGUUUAACCUUUUAAGCUGCAGUCAAUUCCAGCCAUUUUCAGUACAAAAAAUCGCUAAUAUUUUAUUUGUAAAUAAAAAUAUGAUGAGGAAUACAGGGAAUAUUGGACGCGCAUCGCGAGGUGCAUUUCCUUGAAAACGACCGAUUCGUGGAUUAUAUACCGACUUCAGGACAUGUUUUGGACAAAAUAUUUUACUGGCUUGUUUCGUCUGGAUGUCCAAGGUUGGAUUAUGGCCGUUUUUUGUGGAAUAUUUUCAUCUGUGUGUAAUAAUGAACCCGCAAAUGUGAGUCGCGCUGUGUGCGUUGAAGCCGUGUACAGAGAACGGAUGGAUGGAUAUUCGUUGUUUGUCGGACAAAUGUGUUUUUCUCACCCGCUGUGGUAAUCACAUCUGAAAGUGGUUUAUACCGGCGGAUUCAUGAGAAUCUAAGCUUUCCAUCGGCGUAUAGUGUUUGUAUAAUCGUGUUUGCAGCCUUCGGACAUUCUUGAAAUUCCUAUGCAAAUUAGUAGGUGUACCGCCGGCGGUACACUGAAGCUUAACGGGUUAAAAGGAAAAAGCUGAAUAUUUGAAUAGUUGUAAAUUGAGUUGUAAAUUGUUGUUCUUUGUAUUUUCUAAUUUAUUUUUUUAAUUUUUGUGGAGUGAAUAAAAAAGCAUAUUUAUAUAAUACAUGUAUAUAAAUUUUAAAAAAACAGGCUUUUACAUGAGUAAUUCAGUUUGUGCAUAAUUUCAUAUUGUUGUUGAUAAUAAAUUAAUUAAAACAACAAAACAACCCGAAGAACCGCUUGGGAGCCGAAAGAGCCGGCUCUUUUUACUGAGCCGAGCCAAAAGAGCCGGCUCUCUAAAAAGAGCCGGAUUUCCCAUCACUAAUUUCUAUUCUGCACAGAGUGCAAAUGACAACAUUACUGUAUUUGCUGCUGCGCUUGUAGUAGUCCCAUGCUUUAGAUGAGCGAGGGUGAGCUCGCUUACUGUCUUUUUCGGGCUGAUUUGUUGCCUCCUCCAUCCUAACCGGUCUCCUGAGUGCACGCGUGUGUGAGUAGCCAUCAUAUAUGUUUUGAUAGCAACGUGUCGACAUAUUUACAUAAUCGAUGACGUCGACUACGUCGAUGCGUUGCCUCAGCACUACUACAGAGGCUGCAGCGUUGGUGAACGUCUGAACCAAACAGUCCAACGCCGUUUGUUGGAGCUGUCAGACCUGAGAAAUCACUGCUGUACAAACUGUUGAUGCAGACCAAUAUUUAUUAUCUGCUGCUUCAUAUUUAUCACGCUGAAUUGCUUUCAAACGGCCGCGUAAUCCUUCAAAACGAAGUGCCUUAUUUCAAGUUUGGGUAAAUGUAACUGUUCAAAGAAUAUCUGAGUCCAGGUAGCAGAGAAUCAAAGACUGGAUCUGCCCGAGGAUGCUGCUUAAUCAGACGCAGCAUUUUGGUUUCUUUUCGUCAUUCAGACGUACCGACCACUGUGAUGUCGCUAAACUUUAACCUUCAGCUUAGAGGAACAUCAGUGCUCUGACUGAAGGAACAUGAGCCGAUGUUCAUCCACACCUGAAGACACAUUUCACUGCAGCUGCACUUUUCUUUCUUUCAGUGACAAUCUGUUCUCAACACUAAUGUCUUUGCCUUAAACUAAUCUAGACACACAUGUACCAGACCUCAGAAACGGUCUGAAAAGGAGAUUCUACUGUAGAAGCCGUGGUCCUUGCACUUCCACUCCACUGAUUUAAGAGUUUACAGGGAGGAGGAAAUCUGAAGAGCUGCUACAGAGGAUGUGGAGUUCAUUUCAUUUCAUUUCAUUUCAUUUUUAUUUGAGCAAUUAACAUUUCGUUAGCACAGUACUGUUCUCUUACAUUGAGGUAAUAUGCUCAAAAGGAGUAGGCCGAAGCGAGAUCGCUUAUAAGCGCCUACCCCUCAUUACAAUUAUUGUUUACCAUGCAUUCAUUGUCCAUUUCUUCAUUGUUAGCAUCUGACAGUUUUUCAAACGCAAUAAACAAAAAUAAUAAUAAUAAUGAUAACAAUGAUAACAGCAGAAUCACAUAUAAAUAUGCAUAAGUUCAGCUGCAAACUUUUCUUGUGUAGAAUAACAGUUUCAUUAAUUAUUUAUAAAUCUUAAUCACUCUAUCAUUUUACAAAACAAGUGUGAUAUAGGCAAUUUAUGUUUUAAUAGUUUCGAUAACAAUAAUAUUUUUACCACUGAUGUAUUUUAAACAAAUACAUAUUACCAAACAAAAUCAAAACUUAUUCACUUAUAGUUUUAAAGGAGAAAAAAAGAAAAACAACAAAAUAGCAAAAAGAAAAAAAUGUAUAUAUUUAAAUAAAUCAAAAAUCGGCAUCAUAUCGUUUUAACAAUAACAUUUUAACUCUUUUCUUAAAAAUGUGAAGGGAUUUGGAUAAUUUAAUUUCAUCUUCUAGUUUGUUCCAUAAAUUGACUCCUUGCACAGAAAUACAUCUUUCUUUUAAUUUUGUCCUAAACUCUGGUUUAACAAAAGUUUCCUUUCCCCGUAAGUCAUAUGUACGUACACGUUUUUAAAAUGAUUUUGCAAAUUAACCGGUAGUAAUUUUUGUGUGCUUUGUACAUAGUCCUAAGGAUGUUAAAAUCUACCAAUUCGCUAAAUUUUAAUGUUUGUAGUUGUUUAAAGAUUGGAUUUGUGUGGUCUCUAUAUGCAUUGCCAUUUAUGACACGAAUGGCACGUUUCUGUAGUAGAAAAAUUGAUUCAACAUAGGUUUUACAUGCAUUUCCCCAUACUUCAAUGCAGUAGGUCAAAUAUGGAACAAUUAGUGAAUUAUACAAUAAUAAUAAAGCUCUCUUGUUUAUACAUCCUUUGACCUUUUGUAACACUGCAAUAGUUUGUGAUACCUUUGUUUUAAGAUGUUCUAUGUGGGAUUUCCAGGUCAACUUUUCAUCUAUCAGAAUACCUAAAAACAUAAUCUCAUGUGUCCUUUCUAUCUUAGAUCCUUGUAUAAACAAUGCCAUGUCAGUAUCUACUUUUUUACAACUAAAGAUCAUAAAUUUAGUCUUACUUAUAUUUAGAGAUAAUUUGUUAGCAUUGAACCAUGUGAUAAUUUUCAAAAAUUCAUUUUGUACUGUUUGUAACACUUUGCUCAAAUCGUUCCCAGAGUAAAAUAAAGUUGUAUCAUCUGCAAACAAGAUACACUUAAGUAAACUAGAAACAGAAACAAUAUCAUCUAUGUAAAGUAAGAAAAGUACUGGUCCAAGGACCGAUCCUUGCGGAACCCCGCAAAUUAUUUUAUGGCGUUCAGAUUUUGCAUUUUUGAUUUGAACAUACUGACUUCUGUCUUUUAGGUAACUCGUAACCCAUUGGUGAGCUACACCUCUGAUACCAUACUUAUAUAGUUUUUGCAAUAGUAUUUGAUGGUUCAGGGUAUCAAAUGCUUUUUGAAGAUCGACAAAAAUGCUAAUAAGGUAAUGCUGUUUAUCCAUGACGGUGGCAACUUCUUCAGCCAGUUCCAUAAUUGCGGUAGCUGUUGAAUGACCAUGACGAAACCCAUAUUGAGAGUUGCCUAAAAUGUUAUAUUUUUCAAUGAAUCUAUUCAACCUUUUUACAAAGAGUUUUUCUAAAAUUUUAGAGAACUGUGGAAGCAAAGAAAUGGGCCUAUAAUUUGAGAAUUCAUGUUUGUUUCCUUUUUAAAAAAUGGUAUAACUUUGGCUAUUUUCAUUUGAUCCGGAAAUAUCCCCUGAGUAAAUGAUAAAUUACAGAUAUAUGUAAAUGGUUCUAUGAUGACAUCAAUGAUCUGUUUCAUUAAUACCAUAUUCAUGUCAGUAUAAUCAGUUGAUUUUUUGUUUGUAAAAUUGUGAACAAUAGUCAGAAUUUCGCCUGGACAAAUGUUAUCUAAAAAAAUACUGUUUAAAUUGUCUGAUAUGUUUCUAGUGUUAAAAUCUACAUCAGAAAUAUUUUCUGUUAAACUAGGGCCAAUGGACACAAAGUAACGAUUAAAUUCAUUUACAAUUUCUUCCUCCCCCAAGAUGUCAACAUUAUUUUUUAUAAAACAAUUAGGUAUAUUUAAAUCGGUCUUUCCUUUGUGCAUAACUGUAUUUAGUACACCCCACGUGAUUUUAGUAUCAUUUUUAUUUGCAUCCAAUAAGUUAGUAUAGUAGUCUUGUUUUUGCCUUUUUAUAAUUGACACAAGUUUAUUUUUAUAUUUUUUAUACCUUUCCUCAGCAUCUUUAGUUUGUUGAAUGACUUUGAUCUGUUCACACUUGUUGUAUUAACUGCAAAUUUGUACAUUUGUUUUUGUCAAAUUCUGCAUAAAAGAUGCAUUAAAAACA